AAUACUUAAAAAAAAACUAUAUGUUCUCGAAUUAAAAACUACAUUUCCCAUAGUUCAACUCUUCCGUGAGGACGUCUCUGACAGUCCGAGUUGAUUUUUGACCCGAGAGAAGUCAACAGACACUGAUUUGGAUAAAAACUGUGUAAGACCUUCAGAGCUAUUGGGAUCAUGCAGUGAAUUGCUCCUGGCACUGACUGGUGGUUCAGGACACUGCGUCCUCUCUUCUGCUGGCUCUUUCUCGUGUCCGAUGCCAGGAUGGCGGCAGACGUCCACAAUAAGGGUGCACUCUGGGAGGUUAAAAAUGGCAACUUGGUGCCACCAGAUCGACUCCGGCUGGACCGAUCGGACAGUCCGACCCCAGGGCUGGUGGAGGGGACAGAGCCAGGCGCUGUACAGGAGGGCGCCAUGUUUGUUCACGCCCAGUCGUUUGAGGACCUGACUGCUGACGGCGAGCCCACCACCGAUGACAAAGCUGCAGAGGUGGGCGACUCGAAUCUAGGGAAUGCUCAAGAAAAGGUUCUGGAAGGAGGUGAGGAGGAGGCGCAGGAGGGAGGUUUAGUGGUUGAACAGGUGGAAGAAGGGAAAGAGGAGGUUCGGAAAAGCAACAAGGCAAAAGAGGAGGAUGUGACAAGUGAAACAUGGCGGAGUCACAGGAAGCAUAUGUUUGUCUUGAGUGAGGCGGGGAAGCCCAUCUAUACACGCUAUGGAACAGAGGAAGCGCUCUCCAGCAUCAUGGGAGUCAUGAUGUUACUCAUGUCAUUCGUAGAGGAUAAGAAGAACAUCAUACGCUCCAUCCAUGCAGAUGGCUACAGGGUGGUGUUCCUGCGGAAAAGCCCUCUCAUCCUGGUGGGAGUCUCUCGAACUAACUGCUCCGACCGGGAAUUGACGCGAGAGCUUCAGUACGUCUACUACCAGAUCGUUAGCCUGCUCACCCUCACGCAGCUGAACCACGUCUUCCAGCACCGGCAGAGCUACGACCUGCGCCGCCUGCUGGCUGGCUCAGAGCACCUCACCGACAACCUUCUGCGGCUCCUCGACCGAGAUCCAGGCCUGCUGCUGAGCGCCGUCAUGUGCCUGCCUCUGGCCAGCUCGGCCCGUGACAUGGUCUCCUCCAGCUUGCAGGCUGCUAAAGCCAAGAACCUGGUGUUCUCCAUCCUGCUAGCAGGAAACAGGCUGGUGACGCUGGUGCGCAAAAAAGACCAGUUUCUGCACCACAUGGACCUGCACUUGCUCUUCAACUUGGUCGGCUCUUCGUCCUCCUUCCGCGAAGGCGAAGGAUGGACGCCCAUAUGUCUGCCUAAGUUUAACCCAGCUGGAUUUUUCCACGCGCAUAUUUCUUACCUGGAACCGGCCUCGGAUCUGUGUCUUAUCCUGGUGUCCACAGACCGUGAGGAUUUCUUUAACCUCUCCGACUGUAAGAAGCGGUUCCUAGAGCGCUUGCGCAGACGCAGUGCAUAUCAAUCCCUGCAGGAAGCACUGAACACGCCAAGUUAUUCAGUCUCACAGGUUGGCAUACCUGAGCUGCGACACUUUGUGUACAAGUCCAAAAGCUCUGGACUCUAUACAAGUCCUGACUUUCCAGCACCGUACCAGGCAGAAGAGGAGCAUGAGAGGCUGAUGGGAUUGUACCAGCACCUGCACAGCUGCCUGCAUCACCCCACACGUCCCCUACGCUAUAUUUACCGCUGCACAGAGACCGAGAACCUUUAUGCCUUGGUAACAAGUGGUUUCGAGCUCUACCUCUGUUUUAGUCCUCUGGGAACAAAGGGUCUGGCUGUGUCUGCCGUCAACAAACUCCUGAAGUGGAUCAGGAAGGAGGAGGAUCGUCUGUUCAUACUCAGUCCAUUAACAUACUGAGCCAGUUCAGGCAGCUCUGAACACCAGAAACACUAGUGAACGUCUGACCCCCGUCUGCUGAAAGAGCAGCAUCUGUGACCCUACUUGAAUGAUUAAGGAUGUAAAUGGAUGCUGUCAGAUAUUAAGGGCCUGAUUGCUAUUUUGAAUGCUACUCAUGCUGGUGAAGUACAGUUGGUGUAAUUGGGAAGGUUUGAAACCAUUCCUAUGAGCAGUUAAAAUAUGAUAUUUCGAGAUAAUUGCUUUUAAACGUGGCCCUGUAACUAGCAGGCAGUAGAUUAGCACUAACAAUCUAAUAAAUGCUCACAACUGCUGGAAACUAAACAUCUAGGCCUGUGCUUUUUACUAGACCAGUCACUGUUUCAACUUAACAUCUAUGGUUUUAAAUGAGCCAACAAUGUAUAACAAUAUUACUGAUUGCUUAAAUAGAUUAUUGAGCUGUGGCCUUCACAUUUCCUUGUUUCCAUGAGAAGAUAAACUAUUCAUAUCAUACUUUGAAUUUUAUGUUUCCAUCCUGGUGACAUGCAAAUACUGUAGGUGUGGUUUGGUGGGACUAAAAGUAUUUCCUUGCUAACAAAACUGACUUUAUAUAUAUAUAUAUAUAUAUAUGUAUAACAGGCUUUCAUCUUAGAGAUGUGACUGAGUAGGUGCAAAUAGUGCAAAAUACCCGAAGCAUAGCUCGAUUUGAAGAGGAAUCCACAAAUGAACUGAUCAGUGUUGUUGUGUCAAAUGUUUCAAUGACCCACCAUGUGUUGCUACUGAGGGCUUCCCCAAAUCCCUAAAGGACCAAUCAAAGAUACAUUCUCUUGUAUGUUUCAUAGAUGUACUUGACUGUUAAUGUGUUACUAAUGCUUUAAUUUGAAUGAAUAGGAUAUGACACUUUGUGUCAGGAGGACUUCUAAUGUACUCACUGCUCAUUUACGGUCUCGUUAUUCUUGUCUUAUGGGAAAUCAUGGGAUAGAUGACGUAGAGGAAACUAGGUUGAAAUUUGCACAUCUCAUGUUUCAAAUAUAUUGGUGGUGGUGGAGGCACUCAUGUUUAUUUUCUGUCUAAAGCUAUUUUGACACUGGGAAUCAUGUUAAAAACAAUCAAAUGAAAUUAAACCCUUAUGAAGACGUAUAUCAUUUGCUACAUUACCCUUUUGCUUCUCUCUCUCUCUCUCUCUAUAUGAAUCUUGGAAUUUUUAUGUCCUGUACGGUUCAAAAGUUUGGAUACAGUAAGAUUUUUGAAAAGAAACAUUGUGCUCUUAUGCUCACCAAGGCUGCAUUUGUUUGAUAAAAAUAUUGUAAAGUAAAUUUAAAAUGUAAUUUAUUCCUGUAAAUUUUCAGCAUCAUUAGGCCAGUCUUCAGUCACAUGAUGCUUCAGAAAUCAUUCUAAUAUAUAUUUUGUAAUACAUAACAUUUUUUCUCAUUCACAGUUGUUCUUAAUAUUUUUGUGGAAACCUUGAUACUUUUUUUUCAGAUAAUAAUAAUAAAUAUAAUGUUAAAAAGAACAGCAUUUAUUUGAAAUGGCAAAAUUAUUAUAAAUGUAUUAACUGUUACUUUUGAUCAAUGUAAUUCAUCCUUGCUCAAAACAAAAAUUAAGUUAAUAAAAAUGUUAAAUCUUAAUGACCCCAAACUUUUAAACAUUUGCUCAGGCGUGUGUCUAGAGAGAAAUGCAAACUGAUGAUUAGAUAAAGAAAUUUGGUUUAGUUACUGGUUGACAAUAAACGGCCUCCUCUGCUGUCAAGAACUCAUUUUAUACUGAAUACAUCAUUCUAAAAAUGAAUAAAUCAUUCUAAAAGGGAAAGAAUACUAAUGGGAUCCCAAAGAGAUCAAAUAUUUUACUAGACAAAUUGAAGCACGCUUUUUGUUGUCCAUCAAAGGGCAAAGGAAAGUAUUUUUCCACUGUAUUCCUUGAACAACUGACAAGUCUGUUUUUAAAAGAGGAAAAUUUGUUUUGAAAAUAUCAAUAAAUACGCAAUAAAAUAUAUAGUUUACUAGCCCCUAUCAUUUUUCACAGCAGACUGAAUAGGGGGUUUUGCCAUUGGUUACAGAAGUCAGAGAUGCUUGCAGUUUCCCAUUUUGUUCUGGUCAUUGAUUUUAUUUACUUUUAUUAUUACCGUUUUAUUUAUUAUUUUAUUUUAUUGGCCACAUACAGUAUAGGAUGGUAUUUGCAUUCAGCUGUAUAGAGAAAAAUAAUGUAACUAUGUAACAUGUAUGCAAAUAAAUUGAAAUGAAAUACAUUUGGGAAAUAAAAUUCCUGAAUGAUUUGAAUAGGGAAAAACCACAGCAGCAAACACACAAAAGCAAAGCACAGUUUAGUUGUAUAUGCGGGUAGCUUAUAUAGAUUCAGCAAAAUCUUUUCACUGAAUCAGUUGAUACAAUUCACAAAAACAUUUAAAAAGAUCCAGUCCUCAAUUCCAAAUCACUAACUUACUUGGGAGUAAGAUUUUCUUUACUUCCCUGGGUUCUAUGAUUUCAGCUAUAGCCUGUAGGAAAAUCUCAGCAGGGAAAUUUGAAGCAAAGCACUGAGGAUUUUGGUAAUAAUAAGGUAAAAUAAAUAGGAAAUAGUUCAUUUCAAGAAGGUAAAAUGACAUGAAUCAGUAUUUUGAAUCAAUAAUCACAAGUCAGUGUUACUGAAUCAUUGUUACAAUGUUGAAUAUAUUUUCACCACAUAUUCUCAAGAGAAUGAACAGCCAUUUUCAGUAUCAAUACCUUCAGUACACAAAGUUUUAUUGUUCUUAUGAGGUAAUACGUUGAUAAAUACUUUAUAAUUUAUACUUUAUAAUUUAUAUUUCAGUAGUUGCUUUAGGAUAUAUAUAUAUUCCACUUAAUGCAUCAAAACCUAUUCUGAGUUUGACGUAAUCAUGUUGGGUUAUUUAAAUAAUGUAGCUGAAUACUCAAGCUUCAUGCUGCACAUACAACAAACCACACCUCCGUUAUCAGGUAUAUAAUGAUCUGACACUGUCCAUCUAACACCCUUCAGCUGGAUCAUGGCACUGCGAAUCAUCUCUGUGGUUCUUUUCACUGUCUUUUUCUCCGAAGCUCUGACACUGAUGUGUUACAACUGUACCACAACAGUUCCACAUGGAACGUGCACACAGACUACAAACUGUACUUUUGAGCAUGCACAGUGCCGCCCCAUUACCACGUCCAAUGGCACUGGUAAUAGCAUUAAGGAUUGCACUGUCUCGUGUGCUAAUCAGAGCAUAAAUGUUGGAUGGAUUAAUUAUACCUUUCAAUGCUGUGCUUCAGAUCUCUGCAACAAUACUGCAGACUCAUCUAAUGGAAAGGUGUGUUACACCUGCACUGACACAAACUGUUCAACCAAAAGAACAUUGGAUUGUAAAGGUACUGAGGACAAGUGCAUCAAUGGAACUGCUGCAUUAAACGGCACCAAUGCCACUGUAAAAGGAUGUGCAAGCAAUGCCUUCUGUGAAAAUUAUAAUGUAUACAAAAAUGGAUGGCUGUUUAAUGUUUCAUGUAAUGACACAGGCCUGCGUAACAGUGCCCAGAGUCUGACACAGGGAGCUGUGCUGCUGCUGGUACCAAUACUUCCCAUCCUUUUUUCCAUCUGAGAUCUAUUUUAGGAGGUUUUGUUAUGGUUUUAUUAGUAUGCUCUUUUUUAUGUAAAUGUAAAGCAGUUUCAAGCAACACCUUUUAUGAUUAAUUGAGGGUCAUUGAUUUCUUUCAAAUGACUACCUGUCAGCUAUAAAGUGUGCUUUUGUAUUUCUAAUCAUGAAUCUAAUCAUGUACAAUAAAAAUGAAAUGGCUU